UAAGAUUUGGUAACGAAGAUGCCAUCAUGUCAAAGUCGAACAUAGAUGCAGUCGAACCACAAGGUCAAGUUAGAACAGACUUCCCGGAGACUUGGAUGUGGGCAUCUAAAACAGCAGCAAAUGGUCGGGCUAUAUUUCCUGGAUUCGCCCCUGACACAAUAACAGACUUCGUAGCGAACGCGUACGCCAUCCACCCUGUGACUGGACUAGGCGUAGCACCUGUUACCUCAAAUCUGACGGUUUUCUUGCCGUUCUUCGUGAAUCUUCAACUUCCGUAUUCAGUCAUCCGUGGAGAGUUGGCGGUGAUUCAGGCCAACGUGUUCAACUAUCGUGGGAACGGAUCCACGGAAUAUGCUACGGUUCGUCUGAAGUUCUCCAAAGAGUAUGACAUAAUUUCUGUCAAUGGCGCCGGAGUAGAAAAGAUUCAAACAGAGGAUUACGUCCAGUGUGUGAAGACGACCCAAGGUGGUGUUACUCCAGUAUUCUUCUACAUUCGCCCAAAUACCAUCGGAACUAUUGAACUUAGCGUUAGAGCAACCAUCCCUCGACCGGUUAAUAUCUUUGAUGAAGUGAUUCGCCAACUUCCGGUCAAGGCUGAGGGUAUCCAGAAAUCAAAGAACCAGCCGGUGCUUAUAAGCAUACAGACACCCGGCACCCAAGUGGCUACACGAAAUAUUACGUUCCCCAACGUUGGUUUGGUGCCGGAGUCGGAGAAAAUACGUGUAACAAUAAUUGGUGAUCUGUUUGGCCCAUCUCUUGCCAACAUAGACGAUGUUGUUAAUCUCCCAUCUGGAACCGGAGAACAGAACCUCCUCAGCUUCGGCCCGGCAGUAUACGCAACCGUGUACAUGAAGAGUACCGGAAGAUUCGAUGGCAAUGUCGCUCUACAGGACAAGAUCCGAAAGAUUUUGAUGACAGGCUACCAACGCGAACUGAUCUUCCAGCGUGGGGAUGGAUCAUUUAGUGAUUUCGGAAACGCCGAUGAUUCAGGGAGUCUAUGGCUGACAUCAUUUGUGGUGAGGAUUUUUGCCCAAGCCGCUCAGCUGGACUUGAUCACGAUCGAUUCCAAAGUCGUUGAUCGUGCCGUCAAGUACAUCAUCAACCAGCAAACGACGAGCGGCAACUUUGUCAGCACUGGAACACUCGCACAUCCCAGUAUGCAGGGAGGUUCCAGCUCAAGCGUGAACUCUCUCACUGCCUUCAUAUUGAUUGCAUUGAAUGAAGUUAAAACCGCGGAUAUUCUUACGGACCCUUCAACAAUUGCAAGUUUAACGGCAUCUAUCAGUUCGGCCACAUCGUUCCUUGUGGGGCGAAUUCCGACCAUGACUACAGACUACGAAAGAGCAAUCUGCGCUUAUGCUCUAGUGAAAACCAGUGUGGCCCAGGCGAACACAAUACUGACACGACUGGAAUCCAGUCCCAAUUUAACCAUAGAAGGCAACAGCAAGUACUGGAAGAAUGACAUGUCCAGCUCGCUGACCACAGAGACGACAGCCUACGUCCUCCUAACAUACAGCGUCAAAAACGACAGAGCUAAUGGUCUGCUUGUCUUGCAAUGGCUUGUGAAGCAACGCAAUGCUUUUGGCGGAUUUUCAACCCAAGAUACUAUCGUUGGCCUUCACGCUCUGACGGAGUUUGCCAGACUGAUCUACUCCAAAAGUGUCGACCUGACGCUUUACAUCAGAAGCAAGACAAAUGGCGUAGAGAAACUGGAGGCUACCCUUACCCUUACUUCUGAUAAUCACGACGUGCUUCAAUAUGUCGAUAUUCCGGACGUGGUGGAUGAGAUAAUUGUGCGAGGAGCUGGUACGGGUCUUGCUCUUGUGGAUAUUAUUCAAUUUUACAACAUUAAACAAGAAGCGCUACCGCCGAAGUUCGAUCUUAAGAUCACCACUUCCGACGAGACGCUGCUGAGCUACGCCUUGAGAGUGUGUGCGUCGUACAACUUUCCCCAGAGUGGAAGCAAUAUGGCCAUCCUGGACGUCGGAUUUAUUUCCGGAUUUGAACCAGAAAUUGACAAGGUCGACGUUACAGGCAAUCUUAAACGGAAGGAGCUUGCUGGCGGGAGACUUAUACUUUAUUUUAAUGAGAUUCCGUCAAAGCCGGUAUGUGUGGAUGUUGUUGCCCGGAGGUUGUCCUAUGUAAUCGGUGUUCGCUCCGCCACUGUGGUCCUCUACUCGUAUUAUAACCCUGAGGAGCGGACUAUGAAGGAGUACUUGCCAUCCAACCUCAAGGCCCUCGGAUUGUGCCGCUUAUGCCCGACAUGCUGCGCUCCGAAAGUCCUCCCUCUAUCGACGUGUGGAUCCCGUCAGUAAUAGCCCAACGAACCCGGAUAUUGACAUGUUUCUUAUCGUCGGACAACGGGUUGUCAGAAUAUGUGCGCAUUAAAACUUAUUUUUUGCUCUUCGAGGAGCAGUUUCCUAUAAAAAAAAUUAAAUAGUAACGGCUUCUUGAUGACACGAAGAUUAAAAUGAAUACAUUAAUUUGUGGCACUUGAAGAUCAUUGACACUUUUGGGUGGGUGGUAACCUUUUUAUUGUGUGUUAUUUUCGUUAAAUCUUUAUUAAGUGUUUCCAUUUUAUAUUCAUGUGUUAAUGAAAAUUGUUAUUAAUGAAAUAUUGUUCUUUUAAAACGAAGCCCAUUAUCAAACGAAAUAAAUAAAUAAAUUGAUAA